AUGGCGCCGCGGGUGCACUCCUCUCCAUCAUCAUCGCCGCCGGCGACGUGCGCGGGUGAGCAGAAGAAGGUGUUCACCGUGUGGAUGAAGUCGCUGGUGCUCAACGGCCACGGCUGCACCGUGUACGACUCCGGCGGCGGCAUCGUCUACCGCGUCGACAACUACGGGUCCAGGUGCAGCGGCAGCGUCUGCCUCAUGGACCUCGACGGCUCGGUCGUCCUAAACGUUGUUAAAAAGAAGCUCGCGUUUGGCCGAUGGGAGGGGUACAAAUGGCGAGGCCAGAAGCAAGAGCCGAGGCCAUGGUUCACGGUUACACGCCCGGUCAUCAGACCGUUCCAGUGGAGCCACGGCCGCCCGGCGUCGUCGUCGUCGUGCGAGUUCCGGUGCGACACCACCGGCCGCGUCAUGCGGUACACGAUCGCCGACGAGUGCCGCGCCGGGAGCGGGAAGCAGGGGUGCCGGAUCGUCGACGAGGCCAGCGGACUCGUCGUCGCGGAGGUGAAGAGGAAGGUGACGGCGAGCGGGGUGGCGCUAGGGGAAGACGUGCUCUCCCUGGUGGUGGAGCCUGGUACUGACCUUUCGCUCGUUGUGGGGCUAGUGCUCGUGUACGGGCUCAUGAAUCGCACCAUGUGA